GUUUUCUCUCGUCUCCGGGGCAAAACGGAUGGGUGAUCCUAGGAAAUAACGGAGAAAUCCCUACCUAGGAGGCCGAAACGGCGGCAGCAGCUGCUGCUGCAACGAGCACCCCGGCCCCUCAAAAGAAACUUUAAAGAGGAAUGUCAUGCUAUCUCUAUGCGGAAAAUUUUCCAGAUAGAGGAUCUGUCUACAUUCGGGAAAAUGGACAACUAUAUAAGGCAAAUCAAGCAUCAGGAGGAGUAAACAAGAGUGAUCCAAAGCCAAGACCUUCAAGACUCUUUUCCAAAGGAUUUUCUGUUGAGCUCUGUGUGAAUAGGGAAAAUGACAAUGGAAGGACAGAUCACUUCAUCUUCACUUACACAAAGAAGGGAAAUCUUCGCUAUUCUGCCAAAUCUCUCUUCAGCCUAGUUCUGAGUUACAUUGCUGACAAUAUUCAUCAUGUUGAUUCACUGGUUGACUUUCCAGAACAGAUAGCAGAAAAGCUUUUCUAUGCAGCAGAUGCUAGACAGAAAUUUACAGAACCAAGAACAGGACUCUGUGCUUUGCAAAAAUUUAUUGAUGCUUAUGGAAGUUUAGUGCUUCAGACUCUAUGCUUGAAAAAUGGUUACCUAGUUAUUUCUGAAAAACUUGAAGAAAUUAAAUCUUUCCGGGAUCUGACAUGCUUGGAUUUGUCCUUCUGUAAACUUGGAGAUGAGCAUGAGCUGCUAGACCAUAUCACCAACAGGACACUAUCUAGUUUAACUCGGCUUCUCCUGAAAGAUAACUGCUUGUCAGAUGCUGGUCUUCGCAAAAUGACAGCGCCUGUCCGAGUGAUGAAAAGGGGCCUUGAAAAUCUCUCAGUAUUGGAUUUGUCUUGUAAUCCAGGAAUCACCCGUUUGGGACUCAGGUAUCUGCUUCCUUUCAAAAAGCUGAAUUGUUUGGAUCUUUCUGGAACUUGCCUCAAGGACACAAAUGCUGUUGUUUGUUGGAUCCAGACACAAAUAGGUCUCGUUCAUUCAGAGGUGCCCUUGAAAGAAUUUGAUCAUAAUAGCUGCAAGACAGAGGGAUGGGCAGAGCAGACCAUCUUGCAAUGGGAGCAUGCAGUGCAAGAAGCAAUUAAACCACAAGAAAGCCUGAAAUCUCAAACUGCAGCUCAACUUUUCUAUGGAAAAAGAGCCAGGACAGAAGAACCUCUUGAAAUAGAGACUUCUGAGAACCUGCAAUUCUACAGGCCAAGAGCAGAAAUGUUAAAUUUACCUGUACUAAUAGGGAAGAGCGAAGAAUUACAGAAGAAGAAAAAGAGAGCUUCAGCUGAGCACAAAGAACAGCGUUUUAAAUCAAAGCAGCUGAGCUUUUCAGUGGCAGACUGGGACUUACUAAAUUCUUACUGAGUAUGAGUUGAAUGCAAAUAAACACUUUUAAAAGGAAAAAAAAUGGCACAGCUGAAUUUUCUGCUUUCCAUCAAAACAGACAGUGUCCUCAAAAAAAGCAGUGACUUUUCCAUUUCUGAAUUAAUCAGAGAAAACAACUGAUGACAUUUCAACUAAUGCCUAAUGUGGGAUAGAUUAAAUUUUGGUGAGCACCCUCCACUGUUUCAUUUUCAAAGGGCUCAUUUACAAAAGGACAACACAUGUUUAGCUAUAAACCCUAAGGUUUGAGAAACUGCUUGAGGUAGUGUUAGAUAUGAGCCUCUUAGUGGUGACUGAUCUUGAGUGACUUUUUCUCUUACAAGCAAGUCAUCGCUAUGUGUUUGUCCUUGUAUUUUGUGUGCCGUAGUCAAAGGAACAGUGUGAGACUUAACCACAGAUAAUAGGAUUUAACAAAAUAAACAUAGAAGUCGAGGAAUUAAACAAUAAAAGCCGGUAGUAUAAAUACA